ACAAUAAUGAACAUACACCAUUUUGCAAAAACAUGGACUUUAGCAAUUAGAUAUAUGACUCAUCCUCAACUAGGGUUUAACAAAUGACUAACCGCGCGAUUCUACUCUUUUUCUUCUCCCCUGUAGCCGAACAAAAGGCCAAGCCACCAACACACCCACCCUCUUCAGAACGAAAAUCCCAGAUCUACUCUGUUCCUUCCUCUCUGUCCGCUGCUCUGUUGUGUGGGUGUGAUUUUUUCAGGUUUUUGGUAAGGGAAACAGCCACUAAUUCCUCUUUUCUCCCUUGAUUUGGCUUGGGUUUACUCUAAUUUCUUUUGGUUUCUCCAAUUUCCGGUAAAUCCCCUGAUUUGUCCUUCCAUUCCCAUCGGCCUCCCCUAAACCCGUCAGCUCCAAUUUGCUUGCUGAAUUUUCUGGAAGUGAAACCCAAGACCUGGUUAACCAAGGGGAGUGACGAGCUAGAAGGCUAGUCAGUAUUUUGAACUUAGAUCCUUUUUGGACUUAAGCCGUUAGCCACACAUGCUUGACAUAGAUGUAAAAUGAUUAAUCCUUUUUUUUUGUAUGCUGAGUUUCCCUUGGUUAUAGCCAUGAUUGUUUUAUAAAUUUUUGUACAUUUGGACUAGUAAAAUUUUUGGAAAUGAAAAGCUAGAUAUUAA